AUGGCAAAGAGGACAUGUUUGGCUCUGUUUUGUUGCUUCGUGCUGAAGGGUAUUUCGGUCCUUGGCAGGGAUCCGACCAGUGCACUGGAGAGGAUAACAGAGUUUAGGCAGCAGCACAGGAGGACCCUGGACGGCAGGCUAUGUGCUGCCGCCUUCCUGCACGACGACCAGACAUACACGGACUGCACCAGCGCAACUUCUCCGGACGGGACCAGCGGAAGAGAAUGGUGCUACGUGGAAGUGCAGCUGCUGGGGAAGGGGUCCCGUGACUGGGACUACUGUGCCAACGCAGUGAACUACGACAAGCUGAGGCUUCAUGCGAAGAAGGUGUUCGAAGACAAGUCGAUAGAGGCAGAUAGAUUGAAGGAACGACUUCACGUUCUGAACAGCAGAGUUCACAGUAUGUUGCAAAAGUAUGACUCUGUCUGUGGAAGCAAGCACCAACUGGUCUCCUCCAGAAUAGGAAAAAUUAACCAGUGGGUUCAGACCAGCGUAGAAUCUUUAAAAAAAAUUGAGGAAAACGCUAGCGACUUAGAUGCAACCAGAAACAUAAUGGAUAAAGUACAAGUGGAGAUGAAGAGAGAAAAUAACGGGUUCAUAGAUGCAGAACAGAACUGCGAGCAUUUCGAUGGGUAUGAAAAGGAGCCCUACAGUGAUGGGCUCAAGGUGUCCUACUUUAAUAACCCCUUCUUAGAAGGAAUCCCUGUGGAGAGUAAAAUGGAAAAGAAAAUAAACUUAGCCUACAGCAAUAGAGGUCCUUCGGAGAUGGUUUCUCCGUAUAGGUAUUCCCUCCGAUAUGAGGGUUACCUAAUGAGUCCACACAGCGGCAUGUAUACCUUUACAGUAGAAACGAACUGCUACGCUAGGCUACUAUUAAACGAGAAGGUAGUCCUUGCACACGGUUUUGUGCAAUCAGGUAGGAACAGAAGCGGAGCAGGAACGGAGGAGAUACAGACAUUUGGUCGAGGGGACCAUUCCUCAUUGGACCUCCACGGGGGAAUCUCCCCCCUGGUAGAAAUGACUGACGAACCGAGUAACGUAGUGAAGGUGUCCAAGCCGAUCGAGCUGGUCGGAGGGGAGAAAAGUAGAUUCGUCUUGGAAGUAUCUCACUCGUCUCACUUGCAGUAUGAGAACGGAAAUUCUAUGCAUGGGUAUGGUGGCCCCGUUAAGGAAUCCACUCCAAAUGUAGAAACCCCAAAUGUGGACAUACCCAAUGUGGACACCCCACUUGUAGAAGCAGCCUCGUUCUCCCUAUUUUGGCAGUCCAGCAGGAUCGACAAACAGCCCAUUCAGAGCAGCUACCUUUUUCAGGAUAAUGUGGUCCCCCCUGUUAGGUUCUCCGGAUUGGAUGCAGAUAAGUUCGACGUUGGGGUGGUGGACAAGGAGGAGCAGGUCUUCACAGACGACACCAACUGGGUGAUCAGCAUGGUACCGAACAAGUACCUCGGUUUACAUCUACUGAAAACGAAUUCUAUACCCCAAUUUUCACACUUCUCCGUUUCUAUGAACACGGGUUGUAACCUCUACAUCGCUUCACCCAUGGGUGAUAUUUUCCCCCUCAGUCCGUCCAAAGAGGGAACGACGUGGAAAGCAUUCGACACGGACGAUCAAAUAGAACUGGUGCACAGUGUAACAAAGGAAAAGAAGAUCUACAAGCUCAAGUUCAUUCCCCUGAGGAAUCCAAUGGUUCUAGAAAUUGACGUCCUAGUGGGAGUUCCCUUUUGGAUUAUUUCAGAAAACAGGAAAAUUCUACCAACGAUUUGUAGUGGCGAUGAGGAAGUAUUGUCGAACCCACAGAAUGAGGUCUUCAUGGAGUGCACAGCAUCGAGUAGCCUAUCUGCUGAAUUUAAUUGCCUAGCUGCGUUCAGUACGUACCAUACCGAUAAGAAGAACCACACAUGGAAAACCUCCAACGGGUCUAUAGGUCAGUUUGUUAAGGUCUACUUUAAGAAGCCAGUACAGAUUAGUAAGUUUAAGUUUAAGCCAAGGGAUGACAUGCUAUCCUGGCCAUCCGAAUUGGCUCUCCACUUCGACGACGAUGAGGAGGUGGUUCUACCAAUCCUGCACACACAUAGUAUGGAGCAGAAUACGACUCGGUUAGAACAUCCAGUAAUUACCACAUCUGUUAAGAUAGAAGUGAGAGACAUGUUUGAGAGAGCAAGUAACAAUACAGGGGGUUCUUUCGAGCUAAUUGGAAGCACAUGUAACGUUAUGGAAGACGACUACAUGACUCACCAUGCGGUGGUGGACAUAACUCAGUGUGACAGCACGUUGAAUAAUCUGCCAGAUGUAAUGCCAUUAAUGAAGGGGAAUAAAAUACUAGCCAUUUGUCAUGAACACUGCUUGGAAAACUCCGACAAGGAAAUCACUUAUGGGUCCGAAUUAUAUUCUACCGACUCAGCGAUAUGCAAAACGGCAAUCCACGCAGGGGUGUGCAAGAAGGAUGAUAAAAGCAGUUGCCGCUUUUUAAUCGUAGUGAAUGGAGGACAAGCAAACUUCGUGGGAUCUUUGCAGAACAAUGUUAUGUCCCUCAGUCGCAGCUCCAACACGAACUUUUCUUUUUCCCUCUCCACUGCUGCGUUUACCACCAAGGGGGGUUCACAUGGGUCCUACACGGCAACCACUCCAAGUAGCUAUUCCGUUGUGUUUAAGUCGAAUGAUCAUUCUGACCUACCGAACAAAUUCCUCCUCGACUCAGGGAGAGAGUACACUAACUAUGGAAGCAUCAGCUACGGAUGGAAGAAUGCAGUUUCUUCUUCUGUUGGGACUGCUUCUACGGCGACAGGAGGAUCGGUCCUUUUCAAGGGGGACUACCCCUUUACGGGCAACUCCCCCUUCAAUGGGCUCUACUCCGGUGGGAUCGAAUUUCCCCCCGCCUCAGCUAGCCAAAAUUGUAUUUCCGGACUGGAUUGUGAAGCCAACUUUUGGAAGUUUCAGAUGCACGAAAAUGGCACCUACUCUGUGCAGGUGCUAGUGGGGAAUAAAACGUCCCCUGAGAAGCAGAAGGCCUUUGUUGAAGUGAAUGGUAUUCCCAUCAUAAAAGGGGUGGACCUUGCACGGGAUGAGGUCUUUGUUGCCACGGAAAGUUUUCAGGUGACGAAUAGGUCCCUCGUCUUCACAUCUACUUGCCUCGGUGGGGAGAGUGUCUGCUCGAGGGCGCGGGUCAGCAUCCUGGCCGUCCAAAUUGUGAAGGCAUAA